AUGCGUCUCAACAGCGACACCGUCCUCUCCUCGCCCCCCCACCCCGUCGUCUUAGUCCCCUACACCAAAGCGCACGUGCCCACUUACCAUGCAUGGAUGCAAUCGCCGACCCUCCUCCAUCUAACCGCCUCGACGCGCCUAACGCUAGCCGAGGAGCACGCCAACAUGCACUCAUGGCGCGCAGACGAACGCAAGCUAACCUUCAUCAUCCUGGAUCUAGUGCAGGGCAGCAACCACAUGGUGGGCGACGUCAACCUGCACCUGCUCAACGCCGAGAGCGAGGAGCUGGGCGACGCGGACACCGUGGCCGGCGAGCUUGAGGUGAUGGUGGCGGAGGAGGGCAGCCGGAACCGGGGCACGGCGACGGUUGCGCUCCGCUUGAUGAUGGCGUACGCGCGCGAGCACGUCAAGGUGGACGUGUUUGUGGCCAAGGUCAUGGAGGAGAAUGAAGCGAGCUUGCGCCUGUUUCGGGACAAGCUCGGCUUUGUCCCGUACCGCACAGUCAAGGCGUUUGGGGAGAUCCAUUUGAAGAAGGAGGUGCGGAAAAGCUUUGACGAACAGCUCAAGGUCGUCAUGGCGCAUGUGUCGGAACAGUCGUUUGCGGAGAGUGUCUACUCGUCGAUGCCUGUUGGUAAUGUGAAGAACGAUGGCGCCGCCGAAAAGGGUACAGACGUCGGGUCGACCGAGAGCUAA